AUGACCGGCAACAGGAGGACAAGAUUGGGGGAAAUAGAUACGAAGAGGGAACCAAUCAUUCUGGACCUCAACUACGGUGAAGUUGUUCAAAUUCCCAGGAAUCUCAUCGGUACCGAGACCAUUCGCACUCGAGAAGGUCUCGACGAAAUAGGAACCGGUCUCCCUCCCGAGAAUUGGGGCAACGCCGAGACCAUCCACAUUCUCGAAAAAAUCAAUUUCUCCGAGCUGAUUCAAGAGUUCGGAGUCCGGUUUAUGAUGUGCAGUCGAGUACCUCAGCCAGUAGACAUGCUUCUCUCAAUGAAAAUGAGGGCGAAAGAGACCCUCUGUAGUUACGCCAGCCGGUAUUGGGAGCUAUACAACGAGAUAGGAGGGGAUAACAAAAGGGUCGCGGCAAGCACAUUUAGGAUAGGGUUGCCCGAGGAUUCUGGGCUACGAGAGUCGUUAACCAAGAAGCCGCCCAAAGGCAUGCGGCAGCUCAUGAGACGCAUCGAGGAAUACAAACGAUUAGAAGAUGACCAGCUGCAGAGCAAAGGCAAGGCGCCGAUGAUAAAUCGUCCCCGGCAGAUAGGUUUCCCCUUCAGACCUCGUGGGGGUCUGGCAAUUCAAGAGUCGGCCGCACAGAUGGGAGAAGUGAACGUGACAUUUAAGGAACUGGUACACAGGAUUCUUGACCGGAUCAAACACGAGCCGUAUUUUCGAUGGCCAAACAAGAUGGGAGCGGACCCAUCCCGAAGGAAUCAGAAUCUGUACUGCAUUUAUUACCGAGACAAGGGUCACACCACCGAAUGGUGCCGGGUAUUAAAGGAUCAUCUCAGGUAA